AUGGCCCUGCCACUCCGCUGUGCGCGCUCUCGAACGGCGUUGUCGGCGCCCUCGCCCGCGAUCCGCGCAGCAAACUUCUCGACAUCCAUGUACCGGCGCCAGCAGCAGCUCAACCACGACGUCAAGAUCACCCGGACUGGAAAGCCCAUCAUCACCGUAGCGGGCGGUAGAUCCUCGCUGGGAGGCUACACGGCGACCGUCUUCGGAGCCACGGGAUUCCUGGGACGCUACAUCGUCAACAGACUGGCGCGGUCAGGAUGCACAGUGAUCAUCCCCUUCCGCGAGGACAUGGCCAAGCGCCACCUGAAGGUUGCCGGAGAUCUGGGUCGCGUCAUCUUCAUGGAAAUGGACCUGCGCAACACGGCCUCGAUCGAGGAGGCCGUCCGACACUCUGACAUUGUCUACAACCUCAUUGGUCGCGACUACCCCACCAAGAACUUCGACCUGGAAGAUGUACAUGUCGAGGGAACCGAGCGCAUCGUCGAAUCCGUCGCCAAAUACGACAUCGACCGCUAUGUCCAUGUCUCGUCACACAGCGCACACCUCGACUCGGCCUCGGAGUUCUACCGCACAAAGGCCAAGGGCGAGCAAGUAGCGCGCUCCAUCUACCCAGAAACCACCAUCGUGCGUCCAGCCCCCAUGUUCGGCUACGAGGACCGCCUCCUCAACCGCCUCGCCUACCCCUCCAACGUCGUCACCUCAAACUGGAUGCAAGAGCGCCUGCGCCCCGUACACGUCAUCGACGUCGGCACAGCCCUCGAGCGCAUGCUGCAAGACGACACCACCGCCGCCGAAACCUUCGAACUCUACGGCCCCACCGAGUACACCAUGUCGGAAAUCAACGACCUCGUCGAAAAAGAAGCAAUGAAGAAGCGCCGCCACGUAAACGUCCCCAAACGCAUCCUCCAGCCCGUCGCCCACUACGCCAACAAAUUCCUCUGGUGGCCUGUCCAUUCCCGUGAUGAAGUCGAGCGCGAAUUUAUCGAUCAGACGAUUGAUCCUAGUGCAAAGACGUUCAAGGAUCUCGAAAUCGAGCCUGUCGAGCUGAAGAGCUUGACGUUUGAGUAUCUGAAGGGGUACCGCAGCUCGUCGUACUAUGAUCUGCCGCCCAUGUCGGAGAAGGAGAAGAGGGAGGAGAAGAAGUAUUUGCAUGUCAUUGAUGAUCAGUAG